GAGAAUACUACACGGAGAGCAGGCAUCAUGUUGUACAUCAGUGCUGCUCUGGGAUUCAUUCAUGAGACAAACAUGCAAAAGUUACAUAACUAAUUUGAUCAACUCAGUGAUUCAAUCCCAUCCCACCAAUGGACAUAUUAUUACAGAAAGCUAGCAUCGUGCAUGUCAGUAGUAUAGAUCCCCCGAGAGCACAACGCAAAUAUUGCAGCAUUCUUCAAUCCUCUCGCCUCAAAUCCAUUUUGGGCGACUGCAAGGAUUUCGUCGUGUGAUUCGUCCAAGCCGGCUGCCGUACAUGCUGACGGCAGCUAGGGGAAAAGGAUGAUCACCAUAGCCACCACAGGACUGCGUCUGACCCUGAGGUAGACAUCGGUACAGCUUUUUCGAAGUAAUUUCUAUAACUUACACAGUUUUGCUUUAUAAACACAACACGUUAAUUCGCGUGUGUCGACCUUGGUAUUUCAGACGCGGUCUGGAAAGAUUUGCGUAAGCUAUAGCAAUGUUAACCCGCGUAAUGUACGGAUAGCCUACACUCUACGAUCCUGCCGCAGAUGCUAAUUCAUUUAUUUCUGGUUAUUUCAUUAGAAGUGGUCUAAUUGAUUUCCUGACUGUGGAUGUACCAGUUUUUAUCUCUGAUUGUGUGAAACACCAAACAUGGCACUGUAAAGGUGUAGAUAAGGUAGUUCGUGUCUUUAACCUGCACGUACGACCGGGUGUUCAACGUAAAUGCUGAAAUCCUGUAUUGACUUUGAGCCUCUGUUUUCCCCUUCGGUAACGCAAACCUCUGUGGACAUAAUGCUUUGAUCUUGGAGCAGGCUCACUUCGCGGAGAACACAGCUGCAUCUGAAAACUCUCGGCUACCUAUCAGCUCCUGAAUUCAGCGAGUGAACUGAGCCCUCUUAUUAACCAUUUACAAACUAAGUUUCAGCAAAGUAGACUAUGAUACCUGGAACUGCUGCAACGAUGAUACCUUCAUCUGAAGAUGCGAAAAUCUACCAAACUAACUAUAUCAAGAACUCACGCGCCAUUGGACUUCUAUGGUCAAUAUUCACUAUUCUAUUUGCUAUCCUUAACGUGGUGAUUUUCGCGCAGCCUUACUGGAUAGGGGACGGUAUGGACACACCGCAGACUGGGUACUUCGGCCUCUUCCACUACUGCAUCGGUAACGAGCAAUCCCGGGAUUUCGUUUGUCAGGGAACCUUUACCGAGUUUGCCGCCAUCCCUUCCACCGCGUUUAAGGCCGCGUCCUUCUUCGUGGGAACAUCGAUGGUCCUCGUGCUGUCUUGUAUGGGCUGCUUCAUCCUUUUCUUCUUCUGUAGCACGCACACAGUUUACAAGAUAUGCGGAUGGAUGCAGCUGGGCUCAGGUAUUUGUCUGGUCCUGGGCUGCAUGAUCUACCCGGACGGCUGGGAUUCCAAGGAGGUGCAGAGCAUGUGCGGGGAGCAGACGGAUAAGUACAGCAUCGGGGCGUGCUCAGUGCGCUGGGCCUACAUCCUGGCCAUCGUGGGCAUCCUGGACGCCCUCAUCCUCUCCUUCCUGGCCUUUGUGCUGGGCAACCGACAGGACAACCUGAUGGCUGAAGAGCUAUUGGCAGAGAGCAAAGCCGAGGGUGGGAUUGCCUAACACACUCAGCUGCUGCAGCACCAGGUCACGACCUUGCAUAAUGAUCCAGGACCCCAGCAGACAUCAAGUCAAGCAACAACAGUGUCAUAAAACAUUUAAAAACACAAAGUCUCCACACACAGCCACACACACAGCAACACACACACACACACACACAC